ACAUAAAAUCAUUCCCUCUUCCAGACAUCAAUGAGACUUAUGACAACACAGAUGGCCAAGCCAGGGAGGUUAUGGAGGAAACAACUAUCGAGGUUGCUGAGGAAGACAAAUCCCUGGAGUCCUCCCUAAACCCUGAGCAGAGGAUUGCUUAUGAAGAGAUAUUAGCGGCAGUUGACGGAGGUGAAGGGGGUAUAUUCUUUGUCGAUGGUCCGGGAGGCACCGGGAAGACCUUCUUGUACAGAGCGUUGUUGGCUAGGGUACGACUGGAGAGAAAGAUUGCCGUGGCCACGGCGACAUCGGGUGUUGCCGCCUCCAUCAUGCCUGGAGGCAGGACUGCCCACUCAAGGUUCAAGAUCCCACUUAACAUCGAAGAAGGGACUUCGUGCCACUUCACCAAGCAGAGUGGAACAGCCAAGCUCCUGAGGAUGGCUUCACUCAUCCUAUGGGAUGAGGCCACCAUGACAAAGCGGCAAGCGAUUGAGGCACUAGACAACAGCAUGCGCGACAUCAUGGGCCGACGAGACCGACCUUUCGGGGGGAAGACCGUCGUCUUUGGUGGGGACUUUAGGCAGGUGCUGCCGGUAGUCAGGAAAGGGUCACGUGGUCAGAUAAUCGACUCUACCCUGCAGAGUUCGUACCUUUGGAGUAGCAUGCGUCCGCUAAGGCUUACCACCAACAUGAGGGCACAUAAUGAUCGAUGGUUUGCAGACUACUUGUUGAGGGUAGGCAAUGGUACCGAGAAAACUGAUGAGGAAGGCAACAUUCGCCUCCCAGAAGAUAUUUGUGUGCCUUCGACAGGCGAGGCUGCUGAUAUAGAGAAGCUUAUCGACCAUGUGUUUCCUGCCCUUGACCACAACAUGGCCAAUCCAGGAUACAUGACGGCUCGAGCAAUCCUCUCCACCAAGAAUGACAACGUCGAUGUAAUAAACAUGCGUAUGAUAGAGCGUUUCCAGGGAGAGGAGAAGAUCUACUAUAGCUUUGAUAGUGCCGAAGAUGAUCCGCAUGGCUACUACUCUCUCGAGUUCCUGAAUGGCUUGACUCCUAAUGGGCUACCCCCGCAUGCACUUAAACUGAAGAUAAACUGCCCCAUUAUACUGCUGAGGAACAUCGACCCAGCUAAUGGGCUGUGUAACGGCACAAGGCUUGUUGUCCGUGGGUUCCAGAAGAACGCCAUCGACGCAGAAAUCGUGAUGGGACAACACGCUGGAGAUAGGGUGUUUCUUCCACGAAUACCUCUCUGCCCCUCUGAUGACGAAAUGUUCCCAUUCAGAUUCAAGAGGAAGCAAUUCCCAAUCAGGCUCAGCUUUGCCAUGACAAUCAACAAGGCACAAGGACAGACCAUCCCAGUUGUCGGCGUGUAUCUACCGGAGGCGGUAUUCUCCCAUGGUCAGCUCUAUGUUGCAUUGUCCAGAGCCACCGCAAAAAGCAACAUUAAGAUUCUCGCUGUCAAGGACCAGGAAAAGAACCAGAACAAGAAUUCAAAGAAGCGGAAAAGAUCUGAGUCCUUAGUUACGACCACAAAGAACAUAGUGUACAAAGAAGUCCUUACUGUUUGAUGUCACCGGGCAAAAUCUGAGCAGCUUCCCUGUUGAUCCUUAUAUACCACUUCUGUAAAGGUUGGAGCAAGAAAGCCAGAACUGUUCUGCAAGACAUUUGAAGAAGCUCACAACAAGCUUGUACUGGCCUCUCGUUUUCAAAAAAUAUUGCAGUCUCUGUUUUUUUGGGAGAUCUUACAAGAUUGUGUCUACUUGUGGAGAUAUACAAAGAACUGAAUCUGGAGGUAGUUCAAAGAUUCCUGAAUGUCUACAAGUACUGAUGAUGAAGUGUAAUGGAUGCUGCUGAGAAACCUUCAAAUGCCAAUGGACUCGGUUUUAGCAUCCAUGCUGAUGAUGUUAAGAUUUAUGAUUUGCUUUUCUGGUUCUCAUCUUGUGAGAAGGUGAUACAGAAAUUCGUUGUUGAUUAGCUACAUUAAAAUGUUUCCUCUGUUUCAAAAUGUAUGCGACGUUUACCACAUGUUUCAAAAGCAACUGUAUUAAUUU